AUGGAGGAAAUCUACCUUCUGAAAACAGAGGGGGUCAAAAAGAAGAUUCUUCAUGGAGGACAGGGAGAUAUCCCAAAAUUUCCAAAUGGGACGCGGGUGAAAUUCCACUUCCAGACCCUGAAAUGUGGUUUUGAGCGGACAGUGAUUGAUGACAGUCGCAAGGGCGGGGUCCCCAUGGAGAUCAUUGUGGGGAAGAUGUUUAAGAUGGAGAUCUGGGAGCCCCUGCUCACCUCUAUGAGAAUCGGAGAGGUGGCUGAGUUCUGGUGUGACAGCAUGCACACAGGGCUCUACCCAAUGGUCUCCAGUGGUAUUCGUAAGGUGGCGAUAGGGAUUGACCCCCUGGAAGGGCAGAAGCACAUGUGUGGGAUGGGGAACAUGUUUGAUUAUCACUCCAUGGGUUACGAGGACCUGGACGAGCUGAUGAAAGAGCCGCAGGCACUGAUCUUCAUCAUGGAGCUGGUCCAGGUGGACGAUCCUUUCUCAUACAAGAGAGAUUCCUGGGCGAUGAGUAAGGAUGAGAAGCUGAAGGUGGUCCCCAUACUGCACGGGGAGGGAAACAGUCUGGUGAAGCAGGGCUGCUACCGGGCAGCUUCAGAACGGUACCAGGAGGCCGUCAUCUGUCUGAGGAACGUCCAGGCCAAGGAGAAUCCUGGGCAUGAGGACUGGGUGAAGCUGGAAAAUCUAGUCACCCCCCUGGUUUUGAAUUACUGCCAGUGCAUGCUGGAGCUGGAGGAGUACUACGAGGUCCUAGAGCACACCAAUGAGCUGAUCAGCAAGCACAAAGACAAUGUGAAGGCCUAUUACAAGCGUGCGAAAGCUCACGCGGCAGUGUGGAAUGAGGCCGAGGCACGGCAGGACUUCCUCACUGCUGCCAACCUGGACCCAUCGCUGGCCCCUGCAGUGCGCAAGGAGCUGAGAUUGCUGGGGGAGAGAAUGAGGACCAAGUACAGCGAGGAGAAGAUGACCUACUGGGGCAUCCUGGAAGAUAAAGGAGGGGAGGCCAGGGAGAGAGAGAGCCAGAGGAAUAUGGAGGACAGCAGUGCGGCAGAUUCAAAAAGGGACACCAAUGAGAAAACAACGGCGAGCGACAAGCUGGCACCGAGAACCAGUCGGACCUCAAGCAAAGAAGGGAAGGGCAAGGAGCAGAUGCUCAGGCUGGUUCCUUUUCUGAACAACGAGGGGAACUAUUUGCUCACAGAGCAACGUUACAGGGAGGCUUCACAAAAGUACCAAGAGGCCAUCGUCUAUCUGAAGACCAUCCAGACUAGGGAGAAGCAUGAUGAGGAGGACUUAGCGUCGCUAGAGAAUCUCCUGUGCCCCAUAGUGUUGAAUUACUGCCAGUGCAUGCUGAAGCUGAAAGAGUACAAUGAAGUCUUGGAACACACCACUGAGCUGAUCAGCAAGCACAAAGACAAUGUGAAGGCCUAUUACAAGCGCGGAAAAGCUCAUGCCGCAUUGUUUAAUGAUAAAGAGGCACGGAAGGAUUUCCUGAUGGUCUGUAAGCUGGACCCCAUGUUUGGCCCCACCGUGCGGAAAGAUCUGAAAAUCAUGGGGGAAGCCAUGAGAGCCAAGCUCAGCAACCAGAUGAAAAGCUACUGGGGCGGCAUCAAGGACAGGCAUGAGCAAAGAAGAGAGAUCAAGGGAGCAGAGAGACAGAGGGAUAUAGUAGGGGCAGGGGGUGCCAAAGAGAAAGAAACAAAUAUGAAAGAGGAGAAUGGUGUGAAUAGAGGGAUAGGUACAAAGAAGACUGGUGAGAGUACAUCAGUAGAGAACAAUGGGAACAGAGCUACAGAAACUAUGAGAAGCCAUGACAACCCAGGAGCAGUAACAGAAGAGAACAAUGAGGCUACAACAGUCAUAAAUACAGAUUCGACCAAUAAGAAUGUAGAGGCAGGUAUAGUUGAGACGAAUGAGAUCACAGGGACAGAUAUAGCUGAACCUAAAAAGACCAAUGACAAUACAAGUAAUGAGUGGACCAAUGAGACUACAAUGGCAGGCAUGGAGGUUGCAAACACAUUUACAGGUAUAAAGAAAGAAAAAGAGGCCAGUGAGAAUAACGUAGCAGUCACACAUAAGAAGUGGACCAAUGAGAAUGCCAGGGCAGGUAUAGAUGAGUCCAAAUGUACAGGUGAGUGUAUGGAUGAGAACAUAGCAGCAGCAACAGUGCAGUCAAAUGGAACCAAUCAGAAUAAAGAGGCAGGUAAAUCAGUGGCCAACGAGAACAUCGGACAGGGCAUUUCUGCAGAAAAUGUUGACAUUGUCAUUAAGGAAGCCAAAUAG